UUGAAUAAAUGUAACGUCAAACAUAAAGGCAUUAUUCAUUAUUCAAAUUGUCAAGUACAAACGGAAAUAAAGAAACAAAUCUAUCUGUACCCUGUGCAAUCGGAGAUCAUAUUUGAUUAGUGCAACGCAGCUAAUUUCAGUUGACUUCCAGUUCUGGUCAGCACUAGUUACUCUGCUGUCCAUAUACCGGGUAGACAAAAAUAUGUAAUUAAGAGGAAGUUGUAGCAAUAUGCGUGGUACAGAAGAUAGAAGAUCACCGGAUGUAUACGUUUCUCCUCAUAAGAAUCAAAAAUACGUAUGCGCAUUGGCUUUGGGUACAGAACGAAUUCUAACCAACAUGCGCAAAACGAAUGAAAAUUCGUAUAAGUAUGAUCUCUUGUUGAACAGGAUAUAUGUAUAUCAGACUAUUUAAAAAUGAUUGUAUGCGUCUCUAACGGAAAAGAAGGAUGUAGAUCUCUUUCACGUAACCAAUGAUGUGAAAGCUACAGGAGAAGAUCAUUGUUCUCGUUUUACCAGUACGACUUUAAGAUUUGGCAGGUGUGGUGUAUUCAAGAGUACUCGACGUGAGCAUGUCCUAUCGAAUAUGAAUCGUCAGUGCUAUAAACAAACGGUCGAUCGUUAUCGAGAUGUUCGCUAAUUCGAUCAUCCAUCCGGAUGACGAAUCAAUGUAGAUUUGUAAUCGCAAAAAGUACUGUACAGUAUAUUUAAAUUGCUCCGUACUGGAAAAUGUUGGAAUGUUGUGGGUUUCAAUUAUUCAAAGUGAAUCAAACACAGACAUAAAGUGCGGUACUUUUAAAGAUCGCCUUACUUUAAGGGGAUUAUCUUUUCGUCAAUUUUAGGGACAUUAAAUAUUUUUGUAAAGAUUGAAGCAAAGAUGCCUGCGCCACCACCUCCUCCACCUCCUGUUUUUAAUGCAUCUAACUCAGGUGCAGGAGAUCAGGAUAGAAGUUUACUUCUUCAAUCAAUUAGAGCUGGAAAAUCCUUGAAGAAAACUGUGACUGUAGAUAAAAGUGCACCCAUAGUUAGUGGCAGGGUAAAGGCUGAAACAGGAAAUUCUUCUUCGUCGAAUAACAGGGAAAAUAAUAAUUCUAGUGCAAUGACUACUGGUAUUAAUAAUUCAAGUAAUGGAGGACCUAUAGGAUUAGGUGGAUUAUUUUCUAGUGGCAUGCCUAAGUUAAAGCCAACAGGGCUAAGAACAUCCUCAGGUGAAAAGGAUGCAAGUAAUGUAAAUAAUACAAAUUUUGGUCAAUCAACUACUUCCUCUGUGAAACGAGGUCCACCUCCAGUUCCACCUCCUGCUACACAAAAACCACAGAUAUUUGCUCAGAAGACCAGCUCAAUGCAAGGACAAAGUACUACAGAUUCUGCAAAUUCUAAUACAGAAGCGCCUAAAGGAUUUGGGAAACCAAUUGUUGCACCUAAACCUCCUCCAAAUACAUCAGCUACAUUGCACAAACCAUCUCCACCUCCUAAGAAGUUAAAUUUAACUACUGGAGGAAGUGUAUCGAGGGCACAAAGUAUGCGACUACCUCGAUCACCUCCUGUGCUUGCUCCAACCCCGCCAUCUCUUCAUCAGUCUCAAGAUUGUUUGAAUGAAACGCAACCAAGGCCGACAAAUCGAAUUCUUAGACCCCCAGUUGCGAAACCGCCUUCUCCUCCUACUUCUAGAGCAAAUAAUUCAACUGCCACGGCAACUAGAGUAGCACCGCCACCACCUUCUAGAGUAACGGUUAGCGCACCAUGUAUACCUCCUCCACCUCCGCCGCUUCCCCAUCGUCCAGCUCCUACCCAUCAGAGACUGGCUCCACCACCUCCACCUCCGCCAACACCUCCUACGAGAAGUUCUUCCAUGCGCAAUGGGCAAACUAUGAGUACUCUGGACUUAGAGGUACGAUUUGCCGACAUGUUCCAUUCUAUUGCGAAUUUUCCACCACCGGAGCCAUUUAAAGGAUUUACAAAAGUCUACAGCAGCAGAAAUGCGGCCAAACAGCAAGCUCCUGCACCACCCAUGCAAAUGUCUUCUUUAUCCAAUACAAUGGUUCCAUUAAACACAUCAUCUGGGGGUUAAUUGUGGCAGCACAGCUUCCUUGGCACAUUAAAAGUUUCAAGUAAUUUGUUUUAUUUAUACGUUAGUUUUAAUAAUUUCCAAAACAUUAUUACAACAGAACUAAAAGCUAGAUGGAUGCGAAAAGCAUAUAAAAAGGACAAAGUAAAAACAAUUAAAAUGAUUAUUAUAAAGCGUUGAUCUUAAUUUCAUAAUUUAUUAACUUUAUGUUCAUGUGAAUAUAAUACAAUGUUAAUUGUUAUGACAUAAGACUGUGUUAAAUUAAAGCACAUUGGUUUGUGAAACCAUGUGUACUUGAAUUAAAAACCAUAUAAAACAGUGAUAUAGUUUUUCAAUAGCAACAAAGAACUAUAGUAAAAAAAUAUAAACGAUUGAUCCUGUG